AUUCCAACUAACUAUGCACCACAUAAUGCACACCUCGGUUAGAUUGAGUAAUCGCAUAUAAACCCCUUAAUUGAUGGGCCAGAAGUCUAGAAACUAAUACAUCCCAUAUGUGCAGUAUGUUAGAGGUGUGGGUUCCCCUCCGCUCUUAUCAGGCCAUGAGGGUGUGAAACUACCAGUCAGUUCCGAGAUCUCCUCCCACCAAUGGGUAAGUUUCUAAUGUAAAGAACAAAGGUAUGUAUUUGUGUAAGAACAAAUAGCAAAUUUUAAAAGUAAUUUGUACUUUUCCAAAAUACAAAUAUGAAGUUGUUAACAUGAAUGGCCCAUCUCAGCCACCCAUCACACUGGAACCUGGGCAGGAGGGCAAAGUGGAGGGCAGACUGACAGGUGGAAGGAGAUUUCCCCUACCUGUCAGUAGUUUACUACCUUGUCACUAGCCUUUCCAGAUUACAUUCGCAAGCUAAAACCUGUAUAAAGAAUGUCAGGCUUCUAUGAUAGGAAAAAAUACAAAUUACUUUUAAAAUUUGCAGUACUGAAAUAUUUUUUUUUCCUACUUUACCAGUUGCUGCAGUCAUCAAAAUUUAUCUCCACAGAGCCAACGACAUCUACCACAGAGCCAACUACAACUCCUAAAUCUAACAUCACAAGGGGUUACUGCCCGAACUGUGGAAACGCCCCAAUCAGUGUGGAUGGAAUAAGGAUAGUCAAUGGAACAGCAGCUGCAAAAAAUGAGUAUCCUUACCAAGUUUUUGUUUCUUCGGACAUUGGCCGUUGUGGAGGCUCAAUUAUAAAGAAAAAAUGGGUCAUGACAGCAGCCCACUGCCUUCGUAACAAUAAUGGGAGCAAUGCUUCGUUAUCUACCCUGACGGUCGGUUAUGGUAGCAGGAGACGUCAGAAACAAAUGUCUGUAAGCGCAGUCCGUUACAUUGUUCAUGAAGACUUUGAUCCUUACCUACAAGGCGAAGAUUUACUCCGGUGGCACUCUGAUAUUGCCCUCAUUGAGCUUCAGACCGAACUCAACUUUGAAACCAGCGAAGCAGUCAAGCCCAUCUGUCUGGGAGAGGAAUCAGAUAUAAUCGGUGGAAUGCAAGGAGUAGUCAGUGGUUGGGGAUAUUUAUACUAUGGGGCCAAUAACUUCCUGUCUAUUCUUCGAGAAGUCGCUUUGGAUGUACUAUCAUCAAGUGACUGCCAGAGGUUAAGUCAACGCCCUGAUGUCUCUAAGGUGGUCUGCACCCAAACAAUGUUCAAAAGCUUUUGCCAGGGUGACAGUGGAGGACCUCUAGUGGUAAAAACAUGCUUAGGUACAUGGGUUCAAAUUGGUAUUGUGAGUUAUGGAAGAGGAUGUGCCUAUGAGACCGACCCUGGUGUGUACACACGUGUACCAACUUUCCGGCCUUGGAUUGAUAACCAAACUGGUUCCUCAACUGCAUGUUGAUGAUCAAAUCCAUCUCGUGGAUUUCCCUAAUGCUUCGAUUCAAGACACGACUAUUCACCCAAUUUAAACCUAAUAUCUAUAAAAAAUCUUGAUUUUAGACUUUCCUCGCUGCUACAACUGAGUUGAUUCAUUUAAAAACAACCUCGAGAAAUUACCUUAAUAUUUUGCCUUAUCUUACUUUUCAACUUAUACCCCACAUUGUUUACAUAGCCCAGUAUUUUCAGUGAAAAGCAGCUAAAAUAUAUUUUGUUCUAUGAAACUAUCAUAAAAAUAUUUUAUUUUCGAGAAAGGUGGCAAAUGGAUUUAGAGCUAUUCAACUACCCAGUUUGCCUUUUGUUCUCAACUGAAUUUCAUCACUUGCACUAUACGUCUCUUCGACAUAAAUUUGCCAGUUUUCAAGUUUUUCUGGAAAGAUAUUUCAUACAUACCAUCAUGGAAACCAGCUUAUAGGUGCAAUUCAGAGGAAUUGGGCUCUCAGCAUAUUUGAAUGUGGUUGUUCUACAUGGAGUGAUUAAUUCACUGUGUUUGUCUACAUAGCACAUUUAAAUAUAUUUAAUGCUUGCUACAGCACGCAAACUUUUAGAUACUGUCUGAUUACACUAAAUAAACAAUGAAAUGCAA